GGGCACUGGCGUCCAUGGCGUCAUGCAAGAUCAAUAGUUGGACCGCACGCGGGUGCGGCUGUCCCUUCGCGUGAGAUGACUUGGGGCAGCACCCGGCGGACACCAGUAAUCAAUAGAUAAUCGAUGAUGGGGUGGUGGUCCUUCAGCCUUGCCGCGCUCUCGGCCCGGGUGGUGGUGGGCACGACGUGGAGGGGCGCGUGCAUCGUCCCGCGGACGGACAGCGAGGGGCAGGACUACUUUUUCCAGGACGGGCGCGGGGACGGCGCCGCGGCGGACGGUACGAUGUGGCUGCGGCGGAUCGCCGGAGGACGGCGGACGUGCCGGACGGUGCACGCGCCGACCGUGCUACUGACCGCGCCCCCGACGAAUCCGGUGCACCAGUUGAUGGACGUGUUGUGGUCCGUCGAGGCGCUCGGGGAGGGGGUGCGGCUCGGCCGGACGCACAAGGUCUUCGUCCCGAUGGACGCGAGCCUCAACCGGACCUGGCUCGGGUGGGUCCUGCGGCGAGCCUACCUGGGCAACCGGACGACGGCCCAGGCGGCCGUCGAGCUCCGGGCCGACGACGGGUGCCUCUGCUUCGCGGGCGGCCUCGUCGUGCCCGAGAUCGCGCGGUUUCGGUCCGCGCCCCCCGCCGGCUUCAGCGGCCGGCUCCGAGCCGCGCUCGUCCGCGACCAGCGGCGAGAUGGGUCGAGGCCGCGCGCGCUCGUCUACGCCCACGCCUCGACGCGGCGGCGAGCCUGGCUCAACGCCGGAACCUUCGUCGCGCGCGCGCGCCGCUUCGGCGCCGUCGUCGCGCAGCCCCACGACCUCGGCCGCCUCCCGCCCUGGCGUCAGUGCGCCCUCUUCCACGAGUCCGAUUUCAUCCUCGCCGCCCACGGCGGCCACAUGGCCAACCUCGUGUGCGCCGGGCCCGGGACGGUCGUCGUCGAGAUGGCCUGCCCGAGCCGCGGCACCGGCUGGCUCGAGCAGAUACCAGCUUUCUUCACCGAGCUUAACCUCACCUACUCGUACUUCCCCGCCGUUCGGUCGAGUUGCCCCAGACACGGCGAACAUGAUGCGAACUUCACGAUCGACGUGGACGCGCUCUGGGGGCACCUCGGUCGCCUCGCCGACGGCCGGCUCGGCUCGUUCGUCGUGCCGCCCGACAAGGUCAGACGACGACCACGCCCCUGGAUCGCGACAAUAUGGAAGAGGCUGACGACACCCCCUAAUUAAAUGUCCGAG